AUGCCACCUCCUCUCCUUCUUUUUUCUCUCUUUUUCCUUAUUCCGGAGGGAGUCAGGCCCCAGAAACAAAUGGUGGUGACUGUUGAAGAAGGAGAUGACGCCAUGCUGACGUGCCUCAAGGAAACUUUAGAUGAGCCCCUUGAACCCCUGGCCUGGUAUCGAGGGUCCCAGCCAGUGCCCUUCUUAGAGCUGAGCCUGGGGCUACCUGGCCUGGGUGUCCAAGUGGGCCCCCUGGGCAUCCUGCUGCUCAUCUUCAACGUCUCGGACCAGAUGGGGGGCUUCUACCUCUGCCAGCCAGGGCCUCCUUCUGAGCAGGCUUGGCAGCCUGGCUGGACAGUCAGCGUGGAGGGCAGUGGGGAAAUAUUCAGGUGGAAUGCUUCAGACCUAGAUGGCCUAGGCUGUGUCCUGGGGAACAUGUCCUCAGAGGUCCCCAGGCCCUCCUCUAGUUCCCCCACCAGCUCCCAGGUGUACGUGUGGGACAAAGAUCAUCCUGAGCUCUGGGAGGCAGACUCUGCAUGUGUCCCACCUCGGGGCAGUCCAAACCGGAGCCUGGACCAAGACCUCACCGUGGCCCCCGGCUCCAUCCUCUGGUUACCCUGUGGGGUGCCUCCCACCUCUGUGACCAGAGGCCCCAUCUCCUGGACUUAUGUGCACCCCAAGAAGCUUGAAGUCUCAUUGAUAAGCCUAGACCUGAAGAAUGAGUACCCUGCCAGAGAGAUGUGGGUGCAGGGGACCCUCUGGGGAGGGACUUCUCUGUUGCUACCCCAGGUCACAGUUCAAGAUGCUGACAUCUAUCACUGUCACCAUGGCAACGUGACCUUGGAGAUUCAGCUGAAAGUCACUGCCAGGCCAGUAUGGCACUGGCUGCUGAAGGCUGGUGGCUGGAAGGUACUAGUUGUGACUGUGGUUUAUCUGAUCAUCUGCCUGGGUUCCCUGGUGGGCUUUCUUCAUCUUCAAAGAGCCCUGAUCCUGAGGAGGAAGAGAAAGCGAAUGACUGACCCCACCAGGAGGUUCUUCAAAGUGACACCUCCCCUGGGAAAUGGACCCCAGAGCCAGUACGGGAACGUGCUGUCCCUGCCCGCGACUACCUCCACCACAGGACGUGGUCAGCGGUGGGCUGCAGGCCUAGGGGUCGCUGCCCCGCCGUAUGGAAAACCUCACAACGACUACCAAUCCCGUGGCAGGAACAGUGGACAGGGACGGUAACUCAGAUCCCCAACCUCCGCCCCAGACCUGAAAGAGGAAGGGGAGUCCUAUGAGGAGCCAGACAGUGAGAAAGCCUCGGGAUCCUAUGAGAACCACUCCAACACCUUUGGGCAGGACCAACUCUCCCAGGAUGGCAGCAACUAUGAGAAUCCUGAGGAAGGGACCCUGGCUUCGGAGGAUGAGGACUCCUUCUCCAUAUCCGAGUCUUAUGAGAAUGAGGAUGAAGAGCUGGCCAGGCCAGUAACCAGGACAGUAGGCUUCCUGAGCUCUCAUGGGACUGUGUGGGACGCCAGCAGGGAGGCAACCUCUCUGGGAUCCCAGUCUUAUGAAGAUAUGAGAGGGAUCCUAUAUGCUGCCCCCCAGCUCCGCUUCCCUCGGGCCCAGCCUGGCCCCAGUUAUGAAGAAGAUGCAGACUCCUAUGAGAAUAUGGAUAAUCCUGAUGGGCCAGAGCCAGCAUGGGAAAGAGGAGGCCACAUGGGGACUUGGAGCACCAGGUGA